AUGAAUCCGGCAGGAUUUCCCAAUUCUGCUGCCGCCGGCGUCGCCGGUGCUGGGCAACAACCUCGCAAUGGACCCAACCAAGUCUACAUUUAUAUCUUAAACGUCUUACGACGACAACAGUAUCCGCCCGGGUGGCAAACAGCAGUUGGGGUUGACGAACGAGCAAAAUGGGUAUACCAAUUAAUUUCGUCGCUGCGACUGAUGAGGCAGUCGAUAGAGACGCGAGAUGUAAUUGAUAUGGCCAUUCGAUACGAGACACGAUCCUUUCAGGAAGCCAACGACAAGCCGACCUACGAAGCAAAAUGCAGGGAGAAGCUUGGCCAGAUCAAAGAAGCCCGUCAACGACAGAUCGCCAUGGCGCAGCAAGCGCAAGGAAAUCCAAAUGCUCAAAUGGCCAUGACGCAACAAGGCGCGCUGCCUGCUGGUAUGGCUCGUCCUGGGCCAAACAACUUCCAGCAGGCCUUUUCUCAGCUGCAACCUCAAAUGCAAAUGCCCAACCUUGGCGUGCCUCAGCCUCAGAAUCCGUUUGGCGUCGGAUUGGACGACUCCAGCCUCCAGAUGCCCCAGGCCCCUCAAGUUCCCCAGCAGACAACGCCGCAGCCUCAGGCCGCGGCUCCAUCACAGCCCGCCGCCGUGCCGCCGACAGUCCAACAACCUCUCCAGCAGUUUGCACCCGGCAUGCAACAGCAACCGACGCCCGCCGCGCCACCCAUGGGCGCACCCGAGCCUUUUACCCCACAGGAGACUGCGCAAAUUACCUUGCUUGCCCGCAACAUGGCUCAAAAUACUCCUCGUGAAGAAUUAGAGAGGAUCAAGGCCGGUCUGCAAAAUCUUCCGCAGGAGCAAAGGCAGAUGCUUGCUCGUCAGAAUAUCGACCCACUCCACUACUUUUUUCGGAAUCAGGCAAUUCGUCAGUUUCGUAUGAGUAAGGCCAAGAUGCAGGCCGCUCAACUGGCAGCCAAACAGCAAGGUCAGAACAUGGCGGGUAUGGCGGGCAUGAUGCCGCAACAGAGAUCGGCUGCGCCUCCGACAACGACGACAUUGGAUAAUCAAGGUCAACAGACCGCCGCUGCUGGCGCGGCGCCAGCCGGCAAUCCAAACUUUGAUUCGUUUCUCGGCAGCGUCGAGAAUUUUCUCGACCAGCAAACCAAUGCCAUGCGCUCCCAGGAGGCUGGUCAGUUGGUGGUGCCCGCAAGUAACGGCCGCAGUAUGGCUCACCCUGGCGGUGCACCCGGCCAGGCACCGAUGCAGCAGCAGCAGCAGCAGCAGCCGCAGCCGCAGCAGGCUCAGCAAGCCCAGCCGGGACAAGUGAAUGUACCUAGGCCGAUGCAGACCCCAACUCCAAUGAUGCAGCAACAGCAGCUUCAGCAACAACAACAACAACAACAACAACAACAGCAGCAGCAGCAGCAGCAACUUCUGAAUGCACAACAGGCGCAGGCUCAGGCCCGGGCUAACGCCCAGGCACAGGCACAAGCGCAGGCUCAGCAAAUGGCACUCAAAGGCCAACCGGGCGGUAUCAAUACCAACCUCGGUCAGCGCGCACCACAACAAAGUCCAGCAAUGUCCAUGCUCAACCGUCCAUUGGGACCUCCAGCGCAAGGGCAACCGAACCAAGGUACCCCACAGCAGCGCCAGCAAGUGACACCUAAUCUUAAUCCCCAAAUGAACCCGCAAUUCGCUCAACAGCUGCAACAACAGGUGCAACAGCAACGCGCCGCCCAGAAUGGCCUUGGAGCAGCGCCCAUGGGAAGACCUCAGCUGCCGCCCAAUAUGCCGCCCGCAGUGAGGCAACAGCUGGCCAAUCUCUCUGAUGAUCAAGUUCGCGCUUUGCUGAACAAGUGGCAAGAACAACAGCGCGCGGCCGCGGCAGCUGCAGCUGGACAGCAGCCACAGCCGCAGCAACAAGCUUCCCGGCCGCCAGGACAACCCGGUAUGAUGCCACAACAAGCAAUGAUGCCGGGUGCAAGUCAGCCCAUGUUCCCUCAAGCAAGUAUGCCUGGACAACCGGUGAUGAAUAAUCAGUUGCUUGGCAAUCAGGCAUUGAAUAUGCAACAACGACAGCUGUCUGCGCCUCAGCAGGUGCCCGGCCAGAUGCCUGGUCAGCCGGUGUCCCAACAGCCCCAAUUGACCGCACAGCAGCAGAUGAUCAUACGCCAACAACAGCUGCAGCGCCAGCAGCAGGCUGCAAACGCGCAACAGCAGGCUAUGCAACUCAUGACGCCCGAGCGUGUUCGGGAAAUGGACGCUAAGCCGUUUCCCAGAGUGAUACUCAAGGGGGCCAAUGGUGAAUCGCAAGUACCAGACACUGUCAAGACAUGGGGUCAGCUCAAGGAGUGGGUGGCACGUAAUCCAGAAACGCUGCCGGCACGUGGGCUUGAGACCCUCAAGGGCCUCCAGAGCAUGCACUGGCAUCAACUCAAUCAGCGCCAAAUGGCACAACAAGCAGCCAAUGCCUUACCGGGCCAGUUUCAGCCGGCCUCGGCGCCCCCUGCUGCGGCCCCUCCGGCACCCAUGGUUCCUUCAGUAUCACAAAUGGGCAUGGGCCAGAUGCGGCUCCCGCCCGGAAUGCCUCCGAUUCCUGAACCCACCGUGCAGGAGAUUCAAGAAGUCCGACUCAAGGUCGGUGACCGACUCAAGGGAGCCAGCGAUGAGGAUGUCAAACGGCUACUUGUACAGACAAAGUUACGGGCCUUUCUCAGCGCUCAAGCUGCCAAGGCUGGCGGGGCACCGCAGCCGAUGGCAGUUCAGCAGGCUGCGCAGCAAGCGGCAGUCGCUGCCCAACAGACGCAACAGCAGCAAGCGAAUCAAGCCGCCGCCGCCGCCGCCGCCAAAGCUCCCGCAAUUCCACAGGUCCCUCGCCCGCAACUUCAGCAACCGCCGACGCCGGCAGAGGUGAAGGCAGCGCGCAACCAGGCGGCCGCCACUCGAGGUGGUCGCCAGGCCCAGCAGGGCCGCGCCAGUGCUCCCAGUCCUGUGCAGGCAGCUCAGAAAGGUGUCAAGCGGCCCAGUAGUGAUGAUGUUGUCGAGGUGCCGAAUCCAAACGUUAUGCCAAUGCAGCCAGCGUUACCGGCCGCUAUGCCAAAGAUUACUCCGGAGAUGCUUGCCAAGAUGCCGCCUCAACGACGAGCUCAACUUGAGGCGCAAAUGCGUGCUAGAGCGGCUCAGAUGGCGAACCCACCAACGAACGCCGGUCAGCCUACACCUAUGGACAAGUCCCAGCAACAACGACAAGAAGCGGCCAAAAAGGAUGCUCGUCUUCGUCAAAUUGUGUCAGAGGUGCUUCAAAGCCAUCCUCGCGGUCCACCGCUUCCGCUUCCGCCGCCGGUCAAGGACGCAAUGAUGCAAAAGCUGCGCGAAUCGCGGGACAUGUUGCAUAGGCUAGAACAGACGCUUCCUGCUUUCUUCCGUAUGAUCGGCCAAGAGGACAUGAUGAGAGAUUUGAUCGCCACGCGGCUGAUUUUAGUGCAACAAUAUUCGGUGCAAGGCAAGGAGUAUCAUGUGCGCGAGGAUCUCAGCAUCACGCAAGAUCAACUCGACAACUUGGUCAUGAAACUGAGACGGUACUGUAACAACAUGGCCAAGAUGGUGCAGCAGAAGCAGAUGGCAGCCGCCGCCGCCGGCGGUCCCGCCGGCCAGAAUCGUGGACCAGCUCAGCAACCGGCAGGCCCCACGGCGGCAGACAUUCCGGCACCGACCACAGAGGCACCUACACCUCAACUUAAUGCUGCUAAUCUGCAGCAACAGCAGCAGGCUUUGGAGAUGGCUCGUCGUGCGUCAGUCUCGAAGCAGUCGAACAACUCCAAUCGUCCACCUGCGGCGCCGACCACCACACAGCCUCCGUUCCCUCUGGGCGCUGCCUCUCCACAUGGCGUCCCGCAGGCAUACGGCCCAACCGAACUCACACCUGAUAAACUCAAGUUCCCGCCGGCCAAACGACGAAAGGGUAAUCAAGCUAGUAACGUGUCCACUCCGACUGCAGUUCAGACCACUCCGGGAUCCACAACUUCUCCCCAGCUGGUCAAGGCAGGCUCUCCCGAAAGCAAGAAGCAACAGUUGGCAGAUAAGGCGGCCAUGCCAACGGCGCCUGCUUUUCAGUGCCCUGUACCGACCUGCGAAUUCCACGGCAAGGGCUUCUCCUCACGCCUUGAACUGGCCAAGCAUACGUCUGAUGCGCACGAAGCCAAGGAAUCGCAUAUUGACGACCCAGUCUCGUAUGUACUUGAAAGUCUGGCUGAGGCGAUUGGCCUUGAAAAGGACGGAACACGAAAGCCAUCGCCUAUUACCGAGAAAGCUGCGGCGGCGGCCUCUGUGGAGGCUUCCCAGAAGAUGCAAGCGGCCGCAUCUAAAUCGGGACAAACACCGAAAGCCAAGGUUGAAGGCGGCGCAACUCCGGUCGGCUCGGGGGGUACACCUGCAGUCAAUGGCCUUGCACCGAGCCGGAUCAAGUCUGCGUCCCCGGCGUCCAAUCCUCUCAAGACUCCUCAAUUGACAAACGCCAAGACUCCUGGUUCUGGGGCUUCGGGCAUGAAGGCGAUGUUGAGCAAAACUGGCAAGGUCCCCGAACCAAAGGCUGAGUCACCUCGUACUGCAACGGUUGGUGCAACUGGAAAGUCACCAAUUAUUGCUUCUGCUUGGGCCGAUAGCCAGCUUGCCCCCGAGAAGCUCAUUCAAUACUUUGAAGACCUUGACAGUCUUCAGAGUAUCUGCUCUUACGAUAAUUUGCGAUCCUCGACGCCAGCAUUUACGCCGUCAAGCAAAGACAAUGAAAGCAGCAAGAGCAGCGACAUUUCUGAAAAUGACGAUUUGCAAAUCAAGAUCAACAGCAGUGCUGACUUGAACUGGAACCCGUUUGACCUCCCCGACGGCGGCUUGUCGAAUGACAUGGAGAGUUUGGGAAUGGAUCCUAGCGGGGAUAUUUUCGAUCUUGACUGGGACACGACGUUUGGAGCCAAGUCGGGACUCGUGGACAAUCCAGCCAAUGGCUGGGCCAAGGGAUCUGGGUUUGACCCGAACCUCUUCGCCGUGACUUAUUAA